GAGAUCGAGUUUGGGGAGGAAGACAGGAGAGCUAGGUGGGUGUGGCGGGGGAGGGCAGAGAGGAGGAGCGCAGGGGAGGAGGGAAAGGGGGGUAAGAGGGGGUCAGAGAGCGGAGGCCGGGUGUCCGCCUCGGCUGCUGCGUCACGUCCUGCUCCGUCUCUCCUCGUCUCUGGGACUUCAGGAAGGUCUUCCCGUGAAAAAAGAGGGAAAAAUGUCACCUUUUUGAAGACAAGAUUCAAGCUGGGUGGAAGGGGUUCAGACUCCACCUGAAUCCGGCUUAUUUACUCACCUGCGCCAGUGGGGCGGAGAAAGGGGGGAGGGAGAGGAAGAGGGAGAGGCAAUGCGGGAGAAAAGGGGGGUGGAGGAAGGACGGGAGUUGUCUGGUGCAUUUUUACUUAACAGUUUAACCUUUGAGCGAGUUGGUGAUGCCGCCCAGAUUGAAAAAAUGAGUUUGACAGUGGAAGCUUCCAAACUCCUAGAUUUCAACCAGAAACUAGACAUACCCCUUCUAGAUAAUGUAAUUGGGUGUAUGUAUAAUGGAAUUGGAGAACAGCAAAGGAUAGCCCAAGAAGUUCUCACCACACUAAAAGAACAUCCAGAUGCUUGGACUCGGGUUGAUGCUAUUCUAGAGUAUUCCCAGAACCAACAGACAAAGUACUAUGCACUACAGAUCUUGGAACAAGUCAUCAAUACAAGAUGGAAGGUGCUUCCUCGAGAUCAGUGUGAAGGUAUAAAAAAAUAUAUUGUCAAUGUCAUCAUCAAAUUGUCAAGCACAUCAGAGUCCCUGGAAAGGGAAAAAGUUUACUUGAAUAAACUCAACAUGAUUCUGGUUCAGAUUCUGAAACGUGAGUGGCCGAAGAACUGGCAGUCGUUUAUCCCAGAUAUCGUCGGGGCAAGUAAAACUAACGAGUCCAUGUGCCAAAACAACAUGGUGAUCCUAAAAUUACUAUCAGAAGAGGUGUUUGACUUCUCGACUGGUCAGAUGACCCAGACUAAAGCAAAGCAUCUGAAGGAUACCAUGUGUUCAGAGUUUCAACAGGUUUUCCUUUUAUGCUUGUUUGUUAUGGAGAACUCUCAGAAUCCAACACUAGUCAGUGCGACUUUGGAGACCCUUCUCAGAUUCUUGAAUUGGAUUCCACUUGGUUAUAUCUUCGAAACCAAGCUCAUUAGCACCCUUAUAUACAAGUUUUUAGGCCUUCCGCUAUUCCGAAAUGUGACCCUAAAGUGUUUGACAGAAAUUGCUGGCGUUGCAGUACCUUCAUACGAUGAAUCCUAUAUUUUGAUGUUCUCACAGACCAUCACAAAAUUAGAAGAGAUGCUGCCACUCGACACAAAUAUUAGAGAAGCUUAUGCUAAUGGCCAAGAUGCAGAACAGCAGUUUAUACAAAACUUAGCUCUCUUUCUCUGCACUUUCCUCAAAGAGAGAGGUUCAUUGGUAGAGAGGAGACAGCUCAGUGAUGCCUUACUCAAGGCCCUUCAGUACCUGAUCUUGAUCUCUGAAGUAGAUGAUACAGAAAUCUUUAAAAUUUGUCUAGAGUACUGGAAUGCUCUAGCCUCAGACCUGUACCGAGAAUCCCCGUUCCUACCUCCCACUGGAUCUUCUCCUCUUUAUCUACCAAGACCCACCUCGAGAAGGCAGUUUUAUCAACCCAUUCUCACAAAGGUGAGAGCUCUGAUGAUCAGCCGAAUGGCCAAGCCUGAAGAAGUGUUAGUGGUAGAAAAUGAGCAGGGUGAAGUUGUGAGAGAGUUCAUGCGUGACACUGACUCUAUCAACAUGUACAAGAACAUGCGUGAAACACUUGUAUAUCUCACACAUUUGGAUUAUGCGGAUACCGAACGUAUUAUGACGGAAAAACUAGGCAACCAGGUGAAUGGCAGCGAGUGGUCGUGGCGCAACCUGAACACCCUCUGUUGGGCUGUGGGCUCUAUCAGUGGUGCUAUGCCAGAAGAGGACGAAAAGCGAUUCUUGGUUAUUGUAAUCAAAGAUCUCUUGGGUCUCUGUGAGCAAAAGAGAGGCAAAGAUAACAAAGCUAUCAUUGCUUCAAAUAUCAUGUACAUUGUGGGACAGUACCCAAGAUUCCUUCGUAUACAUUGGCGCUUCCUCAAGACUGUCAUCAACAAACUUUUUGAGUUCAUGCAUGAAACUCAUGAUGGUGUACAAGACAUGGCUUGUGAUACAUUUAUCAAAAUUGCACAAAAAUGCAGGCGUCAGUUUGUGCAAAUGCAAGUUGGGGAAGCUAUGCCAUUCAUUGAGGAAAUCUUAUCUUCCAUUAACUCUAUUAUCUGUGACCUACAGCCUCAGCAGGUGCACACAUUCUAUGAAGCGGUGGGUUACAUGAUCAGUGCCCAGACCGACCAGGUUGUUCAAGAACAUCUGAUUGAGAAAUAUAUGAUGCUACCAAACCAAGUCUGGGAUGAAAUCAUAAAUCAGGCAUCUAGGAAUGUGGACAUCUUGAAGGAUUCAGAUGUUGUUAAACAAUUGGCAAACAUUCUGAAGACCAAUGUCAGGGCAUGUAAAGCUCUAGGACAUCCAUUUGUGACUCAGCUUGGGAGAAUCUAUUUGGACAUGCUGAAUGUGUACAAGGUCAUGAGUGAAAACAUUAGUGCAGCUAUUGCCCUCAAUGGGGAAGGGGUCACAAAACAGCCCCUCAUUAAGUCCAUGCGGGUUGUGAAGAAGGAGACCCUGAAGCUCAUUUCUGGCUGGGUGUCCCGGUCUGAGGAUCACACGCUGGUGUUGGACAACUUUAUUCCCCCGCUGCUGGAGGCCGUUCUCCUCGAUUACCAGCGAACGGGAGUGCCGUCUGCUCGAGAACCUGAAGUUUUGUCAACUAUGGCAACAAUAGUCAAUAAAUUGGAGUCACACAUCACCCUCCAAGUUCCUCAGAUCUUUGAUGCCGUCUUCGAGUGUACAUUAUCAAUGAUCAACAAAGAUUUUGAGGAGUUCCCUGAGCACAGAACAAACUUCUUCCUUCUCUUACAGGCAGUAAAUACGCAUUGCUUCACUGCACUCCUCAACAUACCCCCAGCACAGUUCAAACUAGUGUUGGACUCCAUAAUAUGGGCAUUCAAACACACAAUGAGAAAUGUUGCCGACACAGGCUUACAAAUUCUUUACCAGCUGCUGCAGAAUAUUUCAACCCACGAACGGGCGGCAAGCAGUUUCUACCAGACUUAUUAUACAGAUAUUUUGCAGCAUAUUUUCUCAGUUGUCACGGAUUCUUCUCACACAGCUGGGCUUACUAUGCAUGCAUCAAUCUUAGCCUACAUGUUCACCCUGGUUGAACAAAAUCGCAUCACCAUAAGUUUGGACCAAGCAAACCCCACAGCCCCCAGCACCAAUAAUGUAACGUAUGUGCAGGGCUUUGUCGCCAACCUCCUGAAGGCGGCCUUUCCUCACCUCACGGAGAAUCAAAUCAAGAUUACUGUUCAAGGGAUGAAUGACCUGAAUCAAGAUGUUCCUGCUUUUAAGGAGCAUCUGAGAGAUUUCCUUGUACAGAUCAGAGAGGUAACCGGUGAUGAUGACAGUGAUCUGUACCUAGAGGAGAGAGAAGCAGCUCUACGGCAAGCACAGGAGGAGAAGCGUCGUGUGCAAAUGAAUGUGCCUGGCAUCUUGAAUCCCCAUGAGAUCCCUGAAGAGAUGCAAGAUUAAAAACCACAGUAAGAGACAGCUCACAAUCAUCACUGUCCAUUUAUAUAUCAAGCGACUAUGUGAGACUUCAUAAAGUAGACUUCGCUGUACUGUUGUUUCCAUCUCAUAAAUGUCCGAAGUUCAUAUAUUAUUAUAUAUCUGGAGAUCUGCAUACUUUUUCUGAAGUGUGUCAUCCAGAUGAGAGUUAACUGCAGCAACUACAUGAAAUUUUUUCAGAUUGUAGCAAAUUAAGUAGUAGUCUGGGCAAAGCUGUGAAUUUAUGAUCGUAUUCAUAAUAAGCAAGCUAUCCUAACUUUGUUUCUAGUGAACAUACGAGCUGUUCCAUACUGGAAUAUUUUUUUUCCAAACCCUCCUGGAAAAUAUUUAUUGAAGAUGAGUUCAUUUGUAUUGUGUGGUUGUCUGAUGGUUGACUUAUACUUUUUGCAGAAAAUGGCAUUGUAUUUGGUAACAGAAGAGCAUAUGGUGUGAGUGAUAGUUUUUUUUUUUAUGUUUACAGCAUUGGGUCCUAUAAUACAGGCAAAAAGUUCCUGACAGUCAUGGUUUAAAAGAGAAAUGCUCUCUUCACUUACAUUUUUAACAACAGGUGGAACUAUGCAAGUACUCUACAGUAUUUUGUUCCAUUAUGAAGUAGCAUGGAAGCAGAAAAUGCCUUCUGUUACAUCUUUGAGGCAGAAAGGAUUAGAGAGACAAUAUCUGUUCUGUCAUCUUGUUGUAAUAAAAUAAUGCCUUUGCUUUUGCUUGUGCAUGCAUUGAUCCCCCUUAUAAUCAUCCCUCUGUAAGCACAAACUACCCUGUAUGUUAAAUUGUUAUAAGUCUGUAUGAUGCACAGUAAAAAUAGUACUAUUUGUUAAAAGUAAAAGACAAGGCAAGGAGUCCUUCAGAGAAUGAUGAUUUAUUCUAAUAACAGAACUAUUCUUUUUUCUUUGUCGUUAAUGAGAUAAUGUAACAAAACUGUGGAGGAAGAUACAAAUUUACUAAGUGUUUAUUAAAAUGAUCAAAAGAGAUGUACAUUUGAUAGGCAUUACUAAAAGAUGAUCCAUUUAGGGCCCUAACAGACUUGCUACUACUGUUUCUAGCUUUGUGUUGAUUUCUGGAACUUGUUACUAUUAUUCUUAAUUUGUAGUUUUGAAUUGCACUAUCCGCUGUUUUAUUAUUUGGUUGUGAGAGAACAUUUCUCUUUUGUUUUUUCGGCAUAUUGUCAUCAGUCGGUCAUUCAUGAGAGAUUCAUCACAAUGAGAGACUUCAGAUCUAUGCUUUGUUAAGAUAGUCUAGGGUUAGAAUUCCAUUAUUUUGAAGUACAAUUUGGGCUUUAGACUACUAAGAACCAUUGUUUUGUCUCUUGUUUUGAAGGCAAAGAAAAGAAACUUGCAGGAACUUUCUAAAUCUUUGUUCUGUCUGCUGCUGUAUUAUUACCGUAGCUAGAAACAUGGUAUGCUUCUAACUGUAUGAAUUGAUCUUAAGGUUUGAAGGAGUUGCAGCAUUGAGACAUUAUUAUUUAUUAUUAUUGUUAUUAUUUUUUUAUGAUUGAUUGAUUUUGAUUAUUUAUAUAUAUAUUUUUUUCUUUUCUUCUUAUUCUCAUGAUUGUUUGAAGCAGCUCCUGUGUGACCAAAGUCUACAUUUUAUGAAUGUGUGUAAUGUUUCUAGUUUUAAAGGCAUGUAUCAUUUUUUGUUAUGGGUGUUAUGCAAGUGAUGUCCUACAUAAGAUUUCAAAAUGGCAAACAGAAUAAGAGAAUGUUGUUGGGGGAAUGUUGCCGUAGUAAAAUGCCAAUUAGAAUUUCUCUUUCUUUCUGUUUCCCUCCUCUCUCUUGCUUUCAUUUCAUCUUUUCAUGUCAGCAGGAAUAUCUUGGAAAAAAGAAGAUACAUGUGUUUCUGAUGUAUGUAGAUUGCAUAGAGAAGAAAGCAUUUUUGAUAGUGACACCAGUGAUUGGGUAGAGAGAAUGCAUGUUUGGUAUGGAUGUGUAUAUGGAUGGAGGUGGUUACGUGGGGUAACCCACGUACAAAAAUUUGGUACACCAUUUCAUUAUUAUUCCACAACAUGGCAUUAACAGUGUACAGUAUUAGUUAUCACUUAUUAAAAAUCAUUCCAUACAUUAUUUUCAUUGAAAAUUUGUGUCUAAAGAGGUAUGUGAAUGUGUAUCUUGUUAACAAUAUCCAUCCGUUCUUUAUCAAGUCCUAGGAAGUGUGUUGUAAAUUUGAUCACUGGAGUGGAGGAUGUCGAGGAGAAAGCUGUAUUGAUUGAUGUGAUUUUUUCUUUUUUAUCACUGGUGUAGCAAAAUCACAAAAUUGACACUUGUUGACAUUUAUUCUUGUCAAGUAACAUGAAAAACUUUGCAGAACUUGCCUGCAUUGUUGUUUCACAUUGAUUGCCUCUGAUUUUUGACAAGUGAGGAUUCCAGAUGAGCAAGUGUUGGCACUAAGCAUAAACAUGUUUGUGUUACUGUGGUGAAUGCCACAUCCUGAUUGAGGGUCUUGAUCAUCAUCAUUUACUACAAGUUAGAAAUGGUUCUGGUAAUUUUGGCACUCGGUUGUUGCUAGUUGUGGAAAAAAAAAAUAACUUUGUAUCACGAGAAGAAAAGGAUGAAUAAAUCCUCUUAUGUUUCCCAUUUACAAAAAUCAAGUAGAUAUAUAUAUAUUAAAAAAUGUAAAAAAAAAAAACAAAAACAAAAAUAAAAACAAAAAAAAAACAGCUGUGGGAAAAUUGCUAACUUUUGCAGAAUGCUCUUAUUUUUUUUCUUGCUUUUUCCUUUUUAAAAGUAAUAUUUAUUAUGAUUAUUAUUAUUAUUAUUUUUUUUUUUUUUUUACUGUUUUUCACUUCUUUCUCCCUCAAGAAAUAUUUUUGUUAUACUCAUCACAUUUCUUGAACUAAACCCCUCCCGUGUAAGGUAGUGUGAGAGUAUUUAUAUUUUGAGUACUUUGUUCUGUGUUCUGUAUUGAAUGUUAACAAGCUGUUAAUAAAUUAAGAAUUGCCACCCUCCUUUUUUUUUUUUUUUAUAUAUAUCUAGGGGCACCAUUAAAGUAUGGUAGUGUUGCCUGAUGUGAGACAUUGCCACAUGAAAGUGUUUCCUAGUCUGAUCCACAUGCUGUUUGUAAGGAAGUAGAUUUUGGUUCUUUGUAUGUGUAUUACGCUUAUUUUUUCUGUGUUUAUUCAUUUCCCCCAAAUAGUGCUAUAUAUAUAUAUCGUAUAUAUUUAGCUGGUGGUAGGAGAGGGCCCAGAAUAAACAGGUAAUAUAGCUGCAGAUCAUAUUAUAGAAGCCAACCUUAUGUCAAGAUUAAUUAAGUUGUAUCUCAGGUGUUCAUUAAGCUUAAUUUACCUUGACUAGUGAGGACUUGUUAUACUAUGAUUUGUUAAGUAGGAAUUUAGUGUAAGUUCUUUAUUCAUGUCACACAAUUGUUUUGUGUCAUUUUUGCCCAGUUCAGAGUAAUACACUACCAGAUGUGCAGAAUGCCCUCUAUGAGACUUGCCGUAGAAUUUGUGGAUUUGGUACAGUAUUACAGUAAUCCAGCUUUGCUUGUAAGUUGAUUGAAGAGUAAUGUUAAAGAACUUCCAAGCAAUUAGUUGAUUACAAACAUAUCUGGCCACUUCCCAUGUCCCUUAGCGGUAGUGGAUGUAGACUUUUGCACGUGAUGAGGAAUUAUGCCCUCAUGAAAUUGUCAGUUGAGAUGACUGUGAAAAUACCAUCAGCAGUGUAGUGUGUUGAGGGCUGGAGGAUGACAUCAGUAAGCUUAGUGCAAAAAAUUCAAGUAAAAAUGGUUUAAUAAUAAUUGUCUAAUUAUGAGAUCAAAGACUGAAGUUCUUUGCCACAGGCUUGCCCAUUUGUCUGCUUCCAGCCCAUUAGUAUGUUUGUUGUGCGUUUCUUCAGUGCGGUAUCCACAGUCCUUUUAUCUCUGUUUUAAGAGAUGAAGGUUUAGUGUGACAGAACAUUUUGAUAUUCUGCUAUUUGUGCAAACUUAGCAAAAUAAAAAAAAAGUAUUUUACAAGAGGA